AUGACAAAACUUCUCAACUUAACUAUCAAAAUUGAUAAUAAAGAUAAGUACAAAAAUGACAGCGGAAACGGAGUUUUUAAUUUUAUUAAUCCUCCUCGCGUUAUUGAGCCCACCAAUUUGUUAAUAAAGGACCAAGGGGGAACAAUUGUUACUCAACUUAAAAUUAAAAGCAAUAGUGGUUUUUUUGCCUGGGAAAAUAAGGGCACCAAUACUGAAAUUGAAUUCACUCUGAAAAACUUAAAGUACAAUGAGAAAGAGGGUUUUAGUUUUGGUGGCACAGCAGGAGCAGCAGAUACUCUUUUUCUAAACGCCAAUGAUUUUGAGGUAGAAGUUUAUAAAGAUAAAAAGGAAAAAGAAUAUAAAUAUUCAUCGUCGAUUGCUGGGGAUGAGGAAGCAAUUACCAGUUUUGUUUCGGAAAUAGAAAGUUAUCAAAACGCGACCCCUGGCUCUCUCAAACAAAAACUUUAUCAACUUAAGAACAUCAACGAUGACUUUGAAAAAGUAAAAGACAUUUGUGAGAAAUAUUUGAAAGAAAUUCAAGAUUUAAACCAAUGGAAAACAGUAGGCAUAAAAACUCCGAAUGAGGUCAAUAUAGCCCAAGAAAAUGGAUUUGAUAUUAUUGCUAAUUCGAGUUUAAAAAAUGAAAUUAAAGAAGGGAAAUAUAAAGGAUUUUCUAUUGCCAGCCCAGAAAAGUAUAAAGUUGUAGAAACAAACAGUUUUAGUUUCAAUAGUUCUUUGAAUGUAGUAGACAGAAACCGCUACACCAAAGAUAAUAUUGACAUGUUUCGCGAUUUCUUCACUAAUGACUUAAGCCAGUCCGACCCGAAAUAUUUUCGCGGUUUUCGUCCUGGUGACAUUAAGCAGUUGUCUGACGGAAAAUUUGUUAGCGUUAACCAUCAGGCCGAUGUCCAAAAUAAAAAAGAUAACCAGUGA